GGUAAUCGUGGAGAAAUCUCAAACAUAGAUCGAAAAUAGAGUCACGUAAAUAUCCGCACUUUGUAUGGCCACAUUUUCUUAUCUACAACGAUAUUCAUCUUUCUAGUAAUGCGGGCUUAGGUGUAUUCAAGCAUCUGAGGGAUGUCCAUGUAUAUCUUUAUCAUAUGAGGAUAUAUUGCAAUAUCACAGGUCAACGGCGUCGAUCACUAUUGACGACUAUCAUCUGAAGUGCAGUAGUAUGAGAAGAUCUUACCCUACAUAGGUAGCCUUUCCAAUAUCAUGUACCUCCAGCUACCUACGUAGGUGAACAUAGAAGCACUUGGAGAUCAAGGCCAUUAUUAGUUGCAAGUUUCCUCAAGUUUAUACUUUAUACUGCUUCGCGGUUGUAUUGGAGCAGAGCUACAUGUCCUUGAUAGAUUCAUGAUGUUCAGCUAUCUUCCUUUCUUGUCCUCGUCGUGUUGAAUGACAUUGUUUAAUCAAUCGACUGUUCUUUUCUUUGAGAUCACCUCUGAAUAUAGCUGAGAUCACGUUUUUCCAAAGCUACAACACGGUUUAAAAAACAAGUUACAGUAUUGUAUAUCAACUUCAUCUUUGGCAGCUCAAUUACAUGCUUUGGCAUGUGCAGAUGAAGACCAUGUAUGAAUGUUAUGUUUCAUUAUGUAUACAUCAUGUACCGUCUUCAUUGUUGCCAUAGCAAUCUUUUAAAUCAUGCCCCCAUCCAUGGGAGUUGUGAUCUCGAAUCUGCUCGAAGGUCAAAAAGACGCGGGGGCUGUGCCGUUUCUUGUUUGUCCUUUUGUUUAGAACAAUCACGCCAGAACGUUCUGUUGUCGCCAUCUUCAACACAAGGACAGUAGAAGAUACACACCUUGAUAGUUCUCAUCCCAAUUAUCAACAACAUCCAGAUUCACUUUCCACAUCAAGAUCACCACGUACCAAAUUCGAGAGCAUGUGGGUAACACCUGCGAUCUGAUCUCUUUCAAAUCAAGCGCGCCUCGAGAGUGAAUUGAAGUCUGCAAAUAAUUUCACAUAUCAGGUCUCUGUUAUCUUCCUUUUGCAACAAUCUUCUUCCGAUCUGUCUUCUUUACGCAUAUUUCAACAACAAGAAUUCGAAUAUCUACAACAGAAAGCUGCAAAGGUUUUAACGCUAUAACUCCUACAAUGGCAGGUGAAAUGCUUCAUUCACUUAGUCCAAAGUCGAUCAAAAGAGGAAUCUUACAGAACCUCCAAAAGUUGUCUGUUCGAAAGCAAACAACAAAUUCGCCACUACCAAAUGAUGGCUCGAACUUCAUCAUAGCACCAGCAACAUUCCCGCUCACUGAUGAUUAUCAUGAUUACUUAAGCUUCACCAUGGGUAGAGAAUCAAUCUAUGCUUCGGCAGCUAAUAUUAUGGGCAAUAAAUCAAUCUAUGCUUCAACAGUCGACACCAUUGACACUCCACCUUUAACACCUCCAAUUUCUGAAUCGCCAAUUUCUGAUUCACCACUUCCCGGAACUCCAGUCCUAGAACUUCAGCAAUUAUCUUGGCCCUUACCAGAAACCCUCCCAAGAAUGUUCCUCCGCUCCUCAACCCUGACAACCUUCAGCCUUUUCCCCUUUCUCCCUAAAGAAUUGCGCGUCAAAAUCUGGAAAUUUGCGGCCUGCCACCCCCGCAUUGUACACCUCACCUAUGACCACCCAACAGAGUCACUCGUUUCGCUUAGCCCCAUUCCUGUACUUCUCUCUACCUGCGGCGAAGCGCGCGAUGAACUCCUCCCUCUCUUCAAACAGUUGGCUCUCCCUCCCUCAGCAUGUGGAGCUAAAAUUUACGUAGAUCUCGAUGUCGAUACUGUUUAUAUUCGACGAGCUGGAACUUCGAUUGAAGACGUGAGUCCUUAUACUAGUAAUUUCACGACUACCAAGGCGAUCUUUGGGGCCAAUGAUUCGGCGGCUCGUCAUCCAUUGAGUGAUGUUAAGCAUCUUGCAAUCGAUUCUUCACUUAUUGAUUCACCAAUCGAACUUCGUCUUCUCUGGGGUGAUUGGAAUCAUCGUUCUAAGCCCUCGGAUUUAAAACUAAGGGAGCUAGAAACCCUUAAAAUUGUUUAUGCGCCCAUUUCUAAAAGACCUGAGUUGAGAAGGAUUCGAGGACAUCCGCAGAUUAGUUGCGAUUGGGAGAAUAAUGGUGUUGAGAGUUUCACCAUCUUAUCAAGAGAAGACAGAUGGGAGCGUCGUCAUUAUUCUAUUAAUUACGGAGGAUGGAUGACAGAACCUUCCUUUUCUCCUCGAGUCUUCAAUUAUAGACAAGGAGUCUUUGUGCACCAGGACCCGGACUUCUUGAGCAGAGUUCAUGUUUGCGAUAAUGAUGGGGAAGGAAUGGGAGAGAAGUAUUUCGACUGUCCGGGUUGUCAUGAAUACAUGAGUUUGGGCGCGUAUAGAGCGUAUAUGAAUAUGAUGGAACGCGAUGUUGUGGGUUGGAAAAAACCAGAGUUUGAUGGAGUUGUGUAUGAGAGGGAGACGGAGAGAGAUAUGGAGUAUUAUUCGUGGGGUUGAUGUUAAUGUUGAUUCUGUUUUAGGAUUUGAGAGAGAGCAAGGGGGGGUGGCUUUGAGGACGAGGAUUGGGACUUGGGACGAUGGCUGUGGACUGAUAUUAGGGAUACAAGGACUUCGACGGUUUACGGAUCGAUAGAGAGAGAGAGAGAGAGAGAGAGAGAGAGACUCAUGAAUUGAUUCUCCGU